UUUGUUAUCGUUAGCUAAUGAUACUAGUAAUUAAAUGUUUUAUCAAAACAUGGUCAUGAUCGUGUAGAGUACAUGUGUACUCAAGGCACGCGCUGUGGUGUUUACAGACAUGUGACACGUGCAUGUUUAGUGUAGACACUUGUACAGGUAAACACCAGUGUCCGAGUAUAUCUCUGUUUACCGGUGUAUAUAACUACCCAGUCCCCAUGUCACCUCACAACACUACUAUUUGGACUCUGUACGAUCAUCAGUUAUCCGCAACCAACACCUGUACGUCAACAACCAACACUUGUACGUCAACAACCAGCACUGUACGAUUAUCGCUGUGAUACUCCUACAACAUGAAGCGACAACAGUACCUUCAGAUAUAUCGACAUUCUAGUGGGCUAGCUAUGGAGUCAAACGUUCUUCCAACCCAGGAGACGACCAACCCACCCGACGACUCCGGCAACUCCGAUUGGGGAAUCAUUGUCCCCGUCGUUCUCGUUGGCUUAUUCGUGGCAGGCGUCAUCGUAUUUCUUUACUGCCAUUAUAUUCAGAGAAAAAGACAAGAUGGCCCGCCUGAUACAACCAAUACCUCGCUAAGCCGGUUUUCCCGAAGUCUGGUUGGCAGCUCGACGACCGGAAUAGACUACGUGCGCAGUUCGACUAGGUCGACGACGCCUUUGCGUUCCAGCUUACGUGGCGACCAGGCCUUCGUUAUGCCGAUGGCACCUCACUAUCAUCAUGGUAGUCAGCCAAAGUUCACGUUCUACUGGGAUAAGGAUAACUGGAAACUGUGUCCAGACAGUGUCAACAAUAUGCGUGGUCAUCUCAACCCUCUCUCCCCCAUUGACGAGAUGGACUCGUCCCUUAUGUCAGAGGAUGUGUAUACAGACGUUUCCAAAAGUUUCGACGUCAGCGCACAGGCGCCAUUUUCACCGUACCAUCUGACCUGGGUAACGCCCCAGGCGCCGCCGCCAUCUUACGAGGAAUCUGAGGCGGGAUCACCGGAAAAACGGCUUCGGCUCAUGUCCAUCAAUACGACCAAUAGUGAGGAUACAUAUAGUACAUGUCAGACCUUCGACAAGGAUUCGAACGCAUUCCACGUCCACAACAACACGCCGAAUACGGACAUUGACUACUCAGCUCAGAGUAACAAUUGCCGUAAGAAAAGUGCUGUCUUAUCCAGUGCUGCGCUAUCCGAGGCGCUGACGAACACCAAUCUCACAAAUUCUCAUAUGACGUCAUAUCCGUCAACGCCACUGUCAUCCACCGACGCCAGUUUUCCGACUUCUAGUCUAGACAGCGGGGAAGAUGACGACACAUCGUUCGUGACGUCAUACCACGACACUAGCUAUCACAUCUCGAGACAGAGCGUGAAUAACCAAUCAACUGUGUACACGUCAGCGCGCGGAAGUCAGGAGGAAAGUGAGGUGAGCGGAAUUCCAAGUCUGCCAAGCAGUAUCUUGUAUUUCCACCAGAAAAUGGCCGCCAAUAGAAAUGUGGAGUUGACGGAAUGCCCACCCAGACUGAUGUCUCAACCUUACAAUCAAAGCAUGGCCAGUAGCAUGGGUUCCGCAGAGUCGCAUUACACUGACAACACGUCGUUACUUCCGAAUGUUGGUAGCAGCAAUACGUCUGGAAAUCCGUCCAUGUCCACGUCCAUACCAUAUACCAACGUUCCAGGGUUAGUGGAACAGGGUAGUCAAGGCACAUUUAGUCCAGGAGAUCUGUCUAAACUUGUAGAUGAAAUGUCGUCCAUAAGACCAAGCUCCACAGAGCCGGCGUCCAUCAACAAAGGCAUCGUAAACAGCGCGUGCGUGUGCGAGAAUAACAUCGGCGAGAGUUACGUAACAGAACAAAUAUUACCCCAGAAUGCGUCGGAUGGUGACGGAAACCUUCGCCACAGCAUCACAGAACUGUUCCGGAGCUGGAGUGUGACGGCUGAACUGGACUACAGUUCCUUGAGUUCACGCGGAGCAACGUCCAUGAAUACACCUCAGCACGAUAACUCAUUCGCAUGGGACAACUUCCCCUGGCACAGGAAUAAAGACAGACGGGGACAGAACCAGGAUCUCCCUCCUUUCCUACUGGAAGAUCACAACCACAACCUUGUCGACCCCGGCGCCAGCAGCAGUGCCGUGGAUGUCAACCGGCUGGCCACACCAGGCCGAAAAGUAACGUUUGAUGUUCCCGUGCUUGUCAGCAAGACAUAUUGGGUCUGAAAUAAACUUGCUAGCCUAAGUUAAUCGGACAAUAUAUGGACUGUUGUAUUGAAAUAACGACGGUCCGAUACAUGUAUAGAUUUCGCACGUACAUUUUAAGUAAUAAUCGUAGUUAGCGAUGGUGUCAUAUAUAACCGUAGUUAGCUACAUGAUCGUAGAUAACGGUACAUGUAUUUAGCGAUAUUAUCGUAGACAACCGUAGUUAGCGAUAUUAUCGUAGAUAGCGGCGGUUAGCGAUAUUUUCCUAGAUAACGUAGUUAGCGAUAGUAUCAUAGAUAGCCGGAGUUAGCGAUAUUGUUGUAGAUAGCGGUAAGUUAUUGAUUUGUAAAUAAAGAGACAAAUGUUACAAUGAAGUGCUAUAACCGAGAUUCCCGAUAGCAUUGCGGGUUGUACUAGUUAGUUUGUGUGUGUGUGUGUGAUGAAGUUUUUGUGCUUAUCGAAAUAAUUUCUUCCCAGUCGUAUAUCUGUUAUCAUUGUACACAUCCCUAACAUGUUCUGAUUUGGCUUUGGUAUAAUAGUGAAUGGAAGUGUUGUUCUUAAGAAGACAGAGACAAAGAAGCAGUUUAUAUUGUGAUGAUUUGUAUGUACUGUUUAAAAUGUGAUAUAAAAUUAAA